AUGUCUCGAUUCGCUUGUCUUUUGGCUGUAGCUGGCGCUACCUCAGCUCAACUUACAUUAGACGGUAUCAGAUGUGGCCAGCUCACCUGUCGGCUUGAUGAAUACUGUUCACCAGAGACCAACCGUUGCGCACCAUGCGAUAUCGUCUGCAACAAGACACACCACAAUUAUGAUUCCGGCCUCUGUAUCAAGGAGUGUCAAGGUUACUUGCUGGACUUAAGAUAUAUGCUAAGAUCAGAAGAGAGUCGCCCGCCAUCUGAUAUCAGUGCGGUCCAGCGACAAGCUCAAACCGCUCUCAUAGUGAGCAGUGUGGCUCUUGCUGUUUUGCUGCUCAUCGUUAUAAUACUAUGCAGAGCAAGGCUUUCUUGGCGCUACAUCAAACAGAAGCUUCAGCCCUCGAAGAAUCGCGUAAAGCAAUAUCCGGGGGAUCUCACGCAUCAUAACCCGCACGCUGAAUUGCCGAAACCGAAACCCGACUUAAGGCUAGAAAUUCGAAACCCAGAGCCGCCAAAACGUCAAAAUCAACAACCUCUUAACGUGAGGGACUUGGACAACAGAGGAACACAAACCGAGAAAAGCCAAGGCGCAACGACACCGAAAACUAUAAGCACCACCUUAAGUAACAGGCACCCUGCUGAAGACACGACUUUAGAUUAUACAUACGAUAAUAUGGGUAUGAACGUGACGCCCCCAGAGCAACCGGCCACUAGUCAUAGAUUC